AUGAUGAACACAUUACCACCAGGAACCGUUCUCGUACCAGCUUCUGAAUAUAUGGUUGUGCCCGUACAUCAGUUUUAUAUUGUACCAAUGCUUCAACAAGUUCCAAAUCCAAAUGAUUAUGUUUUUACUAUGCCACAAAUAAUACCAGUGAUUUCGACAAAUAUUCCAAAUUCCGGCACGAAUGUCCCGGAUUGUAAUACUAUACAAAGAAAUAUAUUUUACCCAACUACCAGUAUCGACAAUUUCUCGUACACCAACAUGCAGAAUAUGAAUAGUUCAUAUGACAUUCAUGAUACACCUUAUGAUUUAAUCGAUGAUGAUGAUAACGAAACACCUAUUUAUUAUUUAUCAGAUAGUAGUUUGGAUACAGUCGAUUUGGAUUCCGGUAGCGAUAUGAAUAUCAGUAACAUAAGCGAUGAUGAUGAUAGUGAUGCGCAUCACGUCUUUGAUGGUUAUGAUGACGAAGUCGAUGAUGAUGAUGAUGAUGAUGAGCCAACCACUGGUGCAUAUUGGCUCUAA